AGUACAGAUCCCCUAGCAAAUACAGAUAAAAAGACUAUUAUGGGCCCUCACGGAAUCAAUCGAGCUGUUCACCGCAUUUCUUUUUCUGAUUGUCAAAAUGGAUUAGGAGUUAAAAUUAUUGGAGGUUAUCGGGCACAAACAGCAGAAGAUUAUGGGAUUUUCAUAAAGAGAAUUCUACCUGGAGGGGUUGCUGCUGUAGAUAGCCGUUUGCUCACUGGUGACCUAAUUUUGGAUGUCAAUGGAGAAAACUUAAUUGGAGUAACCAAUGAAAGGGCUGUUGACAUCUUGCGAACAGCAUCAGCGUCUAAUCACAUGUCUCUGCUAGUUGCUAGAGAUGAAGAAGCAAAGAAAGAAUUUCUUGACCUGAUGGAUAAGUAUGGCUCUCACAGUGACACCAACUCUGCAAGAAGUUCUCCAACACAGCUGUUAGCUGCAAAAUCUAUAGACAGCCCUUCUUCUGGGUCAUCCUCAAGGUCACAGAGUCCUCAGUUGCAUCUGAAGGAUAAUAUCACCACCAGCAGCAGAAAUAAUUCUGUCCCAGCACCAUCCCCAAAGCUUGCAAAGGAUAGUGCAUUUCAGAUUAUCUCUGUUAGCAAAGGAACAAGCCUAGGUUUGAAUAUUGUAGGAGGAAUUAACAGAAAUGAAGGGCCUUUGGUGUAUAUUCAAGAAAUUAUCCCCGGUGGUGAUUGUCAUAAGGAUGGACGAUUGAAGCCUGGAGAUCAACUUGUAUCGAUAAAUAAAGAGUCAAUGAUUGGUGUCUCCUAUGAAGAGGCAAAAAGUAUCAUCAACACAACAAACAUGAGGUUUGAAAGUUUUUGGGAGAUAGCUUUUAUUAGACAAAAAAAUAUUCCCAGUUAUUCAGAGAAUCUGCAACGUCCUUCCAGCCUCUUAACGUCUUCCGUAGCAUGUGGAGAGCAACAGGCUGCAGUACUUAGUUCUCUUGCAUCUCCUAAUGGGAAGCUUGUUUCAACAUUCACUCCAAAUGCUAUGGAAACUGGAGUCAAGAUGGGAGAGCAAUCUCCAAUUACUUCUCUAGACAGCAGUCCUACUGAUCUGUCUGCCACUGUUAUUGCCCCCAGCCAGAAUGAUGAUUAUGAGCUGCAAGGAAGGAACUCUACUAUUCGUCUCAAAGCAGAAAAGCUGGAGAGGGCAUUGAAUUAUCUUGGGAUUCAGCCCACGGAUGAACAGCAGCAAGCCCUAAGGCAGCAACUUCAGAAAGAUUCUAAAGGAACAGUGUCUUUUGGAGAUUUCAUUGAAGUUUCAAGGAACCUGUUCUCUAUGCAAUUGAAUGCAACAGAUGAUGGCCAAAAAUCUGUAACAUUUGGAGUCAAUGAAAUUGCCAGCUUACUGGAUUCACAGUUUGUAACCUGUGAUUCUUUGGAGGAUGACAUGGAAAGACUUAAGAAGGAAAGAAAUGAAGCUUUAAAAGAAAUAAGUAAAUUAAAGGAAAAAUUGUCUGAAUCUAUGAAUUUACAGAAGCAGUUAACAGAGGAGCUACAAAUAGUCAAGCAAGAAGCCAAGGCAGCUGUAGAAGAGACAAGAGCUCUGCGAAGUAGGAUUCAUCUUGCAGAAGCUGCACAAAGGCAGGCUCGUGGAAUGGAGAUGGACUAUGAAGAAGUAAUUCGCCUAUUAGAAGCUGAAAUUGUAGAGCUGAAGGCUCAGCUCACUGAUCAUUCUGGCCAAAAUAAAGAUAACAUCCAAGACUUGAGAAAGAGAGUUACAGUGCUUGACUGCCAGCUGCGGAAAUCAGAAUCGGCUAGGAAGACCUUUGAGGUGGCUACUGAAAAAUUGCUACAAUUUGUAGAGGUUGUGCAUGAAAUACUUUCAGAUAACUCUACUUCCUCGACAGUUUUAAGUGACAGAAGAAUAACAUUGUCUACUAAAGCACUUCUUGCACGUUUGGGAAGGAUUGGACCUACUGUCACAACAGCUCUUGCAGCAGAAGCCAGAGACCUUGCCAAGUCUGUCCGUGCCAUUUUGGAAGUAGACUGUCUGCCUUAUGGAUGGGAAGAAGCUUAUACAGCAGAUGGAAUCAAAUAUUUUAUCAACCAUGUGACACAGACAACGUCAUGGAUCCAUCCCGUAACAAGCGCACUAAGCUUGGUUUGCUCUGAGGAUGAUGACGAUGGAAUAAGAGAGCUUCCCAGGUUCAAGAGCUGAGGACGUCUGUUGACAGAAAGUAGUUUGUCUAGUUUCCAUAUGUUAGUGAGAAGAUGCACACUUUUUAAUCUACGUACUUUCUAGUCUAAUAUAAUAGUACCUGAUGACAUUUCUCCCCUUCAAGUCAGAGGAGGUUCUGCCAUUUUUUAGGGAGGUUUAUUGAUGGGUGCUACAAAAGAUGCAGGCGCUGCAGAAGUCUCCCUUCAGUCCUUAAUCUAUGCCAGUUCGGUGUGCAGGGAUCCAUCUUAUCUUAGGGCCCAAUCCAGUCUUUUCAUGACUUCUCCAUUGGCGUGACUUCCCUGACCUGAAGUGAAAUUUUCACAGCUUUGACCAGCAUGAGAGUUAAGAUGGGACCAUUGGUUGUAAUUUCACAUCGUAAAUUCCAGGUAAUGGUUGACUGAAAGGUGCAAGGUGAGCUUUUUCCUUUUUUUAACCAAUGCUAGUGAGUGUAAUGUAGAUGCCUUUUCUUUAACUACUGAAAAUUUUUAUGGAAGAAAUUUGCAAAUAACUUUUGCCAAUAGAAAUUUAGCAACUUAUUACAAGUAUU